AUGAGUGCAAUUGGUUAUAAGCGGCCUUCAUCUUCCGCUACAAAAGACCAAAAACCAAAGGUUUUUGUGCGAGCUGCACGCGGCAAGGUUCAAAAAAUUGUUCGUGAACGAUAUCUACGUGAUGAUAUUCCCUGCCAAAGUAAAAGCUGCCCAUUAUGUAUUUCCAAGCUUCCAACGGAUUCGAACGGAAAUGAAUUGGAGCCGAUAUUGUCCGAAGAACCCUUCUUUUUGGAGAAGUUUAGUCGUCACUAUUUGAUUCCUGAUACCAACGUUUUUUAUCAUUGUAUGGAUGCUUUGGAACAUCCUUCCAAUUUUUUCGAUGUGAUUGUCUUACAAACUGUUCUUUCUGAAAUAGCCUCCAAGUCGAUUCCUCUUUACAACCGUAUUAAGCGUCUGUGUCAAGAAAAGACCAAACGCUUUACUCCUUUUAGUAAUGAAUUCUUUUCUGAUACGUAUAUUGAUAAAAUUGAGGGAGAGUCGCCCAACGACCGAAACGACAGAGCCAUUCGUACUGCUGCUUCUUGGUAUACUGGUCACUUGGCCGGAUUAGGGAUCAAAGUCGUGCUAAUUACAAACGACCGCCGCAAUGCAGAGAUCGCGGCUGAACAGGGUAUACAGACUUCUACUUUGAAGGACUACGUUCAGUUCUUACCAGACUCAGAGGUCUUGCUGGACAUGAUAUCUGCAGUUGCCGAUGCCGCCGCUGCUAAUGAGAAAGCAUCUUCCGAAACAAAGGCCAUCUACGAACACCACUGGUCUACUUCUCGUAUGCUUACCUGUAUAAAAAAUGGAGAAGUCCAUAAAGGUGUGCUAAACGUAAGCACCUAUAACUUUCUCGAAGGCUCUAUUAAUACACCGGGAUACAAUAAACCUAUUUUAAUCUCUGGAAGAGAAUACCUAAACCGUGCAGUCCAAGGUGAUGUUGUAUGUGUCCAAAUUUUACCUCAAAGUCAAUGGAAGACAGAAGCGGGAGAAAUUGCCAGCGAUGAUGAAGAUGUAUUAGUGAACGCUUCCGCUGAGCCCGAUGCUUCUCGUAGUAUUGAUUUAGAAACUCCUACCAGUAAGAAAGCACACCCUACUGGAAAGAUUGUUGGUAUUUUGAAACGGAACUGGAGACCCUAUGUUGGACAUGUUGAUAAUACCACUGUAGCCCAGUCCAAGGGUGGUUCUCAACAAACGGUACUCCUUACUCCCAUGGAUCGUCGUAUUCCUAAGAUCCGUUUUCGCACUCGACAAGCCCCUCGACUACUUGGUCAGCGGAUUGUAGCCGCUAUCGAUACUUGGGAGGCUACUAGUCGUUAUCCCGAAGGUCAUUUUGUCCGUGCUCUUGGUGAAAUGGAAACCAAGGAGGCCGAAACAGAAGCUCUGUUACUUGAAUAUGAUGUACAACACCGACCAUUCCCUAAGGCCGUAUUGGAUUGUCUCCCUCAAGAAGGCCACAACUACAAGGUACCAGCUGACAAAUCUGAUCCUCUUUGGAAAAACAGAAAAGACUUUCGAGAUCUUUUAAUUUGUAGUAUUGAUCCCCCUGGAUGUCAAGAUAUUGAUGAUGCUCUCCAUGCACGUGUCUUACCGAAUGGAAACUUUGAAGUGGGCGUGCACAUUGCUGAUGUAACCCAUUUUGUGAAACCGAAAACGGCGAUGGACAGUGAAGCCGCUUCCCGUGGUACUACUGUUUAUUUAGUUGACAAGCGUAUUGAUAUGCUUCCUAUGUUGUUGGGUACAGAGCUUUGUUCUUUGCGUCCUUACGUAGAAAGAUUUGCAUUCUCUUGUCUUUGGGAAAUGGAUGAAGAUGCUAACAUUGUUAAUACUUCAUUUACGAAAUCCGUGAUUGCUUCGAAAGAGGCAUUUAGUUAUGCAGAUGCCCAAGCCCGAAUUGAUGAUAAGAAUAUGCAAGAUCCAUUAACAAAUGGCAUGCGAAUUCUGUUAAAACUAUCUAAAAAGUUAAAACAGAAAAGAAUGGACGAUGGUGCUUUGAAUUUGGCGAGCCCGGAAGUAAGAAUCCAAACAGACAAUGAAACAUCGGACCCGAUGGAUGUUGAAAUAAAACAACUGCUUGAAACGAACUCUCUUGUCGAAGAGUGUAUGUUAUUAGCCAAUAUUUCUGUUGCUCAAAAGAUUUACGAUACAUUCCCUCAAACUGCUGUUCUUCGUCGACACGCAUCACCACCUCUUUCUAACUUUGAUUCCUUGCAAGAUAUCUUGCAAGUAUGCAAGGGAAUGCAUCUUAAAUGCGAUACAUCAAAAUCCUUGGCAAAAUCUUUGGAUGAAUGUGUGGAUCCCAACGAACCCUACUUUAAUACCUUACUGCGUAUACUGACAACCCGGUGUAUGCUAUCAGCUGAAUACUUUUGCUCUGGUACAAUAGCAGCUCCUGAAUUCCGCCACUACGGUUUGGCAACCAGUAUUUAUACACAUUUUACUUCUCCUAUUCGUCGUUACGCAGACGUUUUGGCACAUCGACAAUUGGCAGCAGCUAUUGACUACGAAGUGCUAAAUCCUUCCAUUAGUGACAAACAACGCUUAAUUGAGAUUAGCAAUGGUAUAAAUUACCGUCAUCGUAUGGCACAGAUGGCUGGCCGUGCUAGUGUUGAGUAUUAUGUUGGACAGGCGCUAAAAGGAGGAAUUGCUGAAGAAGAUGCGUAUGUAAUUAAGGUUUUUAAGAAUGGUUUUGUUGUAUUUAUUGCCAAGUUUGGUCUUGAAGGUAUUGUAUAUACAAAGAGCAUGACGAACAUGUUGGAACCCAACGUUGAGUUUUUGGAGGAUAAAUAUAUGCUGAAAGUGGAAAUUCGGGAUCCACCAAAGCCCAAGGUGGUCGAGAUUCAAAUGUUUCAAAAAGUACGAGUGCGUGUGGGUACAGUUCGUGAUGAGCAUUCAGGAAAACAAAAAGUAGAUAUUCGGUUGGUGCACUAA